GCAGGCCGCGGGAGGUGGGCCGCCACACCCCGCGGGGCCGCCGACGUCCCAGGAGCCGCCGGCCGCCGGCCCCGCCGCCGCGAUGCGGGCCUCGGGGCUGCUGACCGCCGCCUUCCUCACCGGCGUGUGCGCCGCUCUGCUGGCCGCCGCCCCCGGGCCCAGGUUUCUGGUGACAGCCCCGGGGAUCGUCAGGCCUGGGGCAAAUGUGACCAUUGGGGUGGAGCUUCUGGAACACAGCCCCCCACAGGUCACUGUGCAGGCGGCGUUGGUCAAGCUGGCAGCAAACCACACCAUCUCUGUCCUGGAAGCAGAAGGAGUCUUUGAAAGAGGCUCUUUCAAGAGACUUAUGCUUCCAUCACUGCCUCUGAACAGCGCAGAUGAAAUUUAUGAGCUGCGUGUAACUGGACGUGCCCAGGACGAGAUUUUGUUCUCCAAUAGCACACGCCUGGUGUUUGAGACCAAGAGAGUGACUGUCUUCAUUCAGACAGACAAGACCCUCUACAAGCCGAAGCAGGAAGUGAAGUUCCGUGUUCUUACACUCUUCUCAGAUUUUAAGCCUUACAAAACUUCUUUAAACAUUCUAAUGAAGGACCCCAAGUCAAAUUUGAUCCAGCAGUGGCUGUCAGAAGAAAAUGAUCUUGGAGUCAUUUCCAAAACUUUUCAGUUAUCUUCCCAUCCAAUACUUGGUGACUGGUCCAUUCAAGUUCAAGUGAAUGACCAGACAUAUUAUCAAUCAUUUCAGGUUUCAGAAUAUGGCCUCCUGUAUACGUAUGGGAAGCCAGUGAAAGGAGAUGUAACACUUACAUUUUUACCUUUAUCCUUUUGGGGCGUAAAGAAAAAUAUUACAAAAAUAUUUAAGAUAAAUGGAUCUGCAAACUUCUCUUUUACUGAUGAAGAGAUGAAAAAGGUAAUGGAUUUUUCGGACGGGCUUUCUGAGCACAUGUAUCUGUCUUCCCCGGGGCCGGUAGAAAUUUUAGCCACCGUGACUGACUCACUUACAGCACAGCCACUUGGAAGCAUCGUGAAGGUGACGCGUUCUGACGGCGGCCCACUGACGCUGGAGGAAAGGGGCAAUGACGUGGUCAUCACGGUGACGCAGAGGAACUCCACGGAGCCCUGGGGCCGGUGGGGCGGCAGGCGGCGGGAGGUCGGGGCUGCCCAGAUGCUGAAUCACACCGUGCCCCCGAGUGGCAUCUUCAAGGUGGAAUUCCCCAUCCUGGACGACUCCAGCGAGCUGCAGCUGAAGGCCUAUUUUCUUAAUAGUGUGAGUAGCAUGGCAGUUCACGGUAUGUUUAAGUCUCCUACCAAAACAUACAUCCAGCUGAAAACGAGAGACGAAGAUAUAAAGGUGGGAUCGCCCUUUCAGCUGGAGGUCAGUGGUAACAAGCACUUGAAGGAGUUAAGCUAUAUGGUAGUUUCCAGGGGGCAGUUGGUGGCUGUCGGAAAACAGAAUUCAACAACCUUCUCUUUAACACCAGAAAAUUCUUGGGCUCCAAAAGCUUGUAUAAUUGUGUAUUAUAUUGAAGAUGAUGGGGAAAUUAUCAAUGAUGUUCUAAAAAUUCCUGUUCAGCUUGCUUUUAAAAAUAAGAUCAAGCUGUCUUGGAGUAAAGCUCAGGCGGAACCGUCUGAGAAAGUCUCUCUCAGGAUCUCCGUGACACAGCCACACUCUGUAGUUGGGAUUAUUGCUGUUGACAGAAGUGUGAAUUUGAUGAAUGCCUCAAAUGAUAUUACUAUGGAGAAUGUGGUGCACGAGUUGGAACUUUAUAACACAGGGUAUUACUUGGGCAUGUUCAUGAAUUCUUUUGCAGUCUUUCAGGAGUGUGGCCUCUGGGUAUUGACGGAUGCAAACCUCGGGAAGGGUUACACUGACGGCGUCUAUGACAGUGUAGAGGCUGCUGAGAGGUUCGUGGAAGAGAACGAAGGAUACUUGGAUUUCCAUGACUUUUCUUCCGCUGGCAACUCGUAUGUCAGAAAGCAUUUUCCAGAGACUUGGAUCUGGCUAGACAGCAACAUGGGUUCCAGGAUCGACCAGGACUUGGAGGUUACUGUGCCCGAUUCCAUCACUUCCUGGGCAGCUUCUGCUUUUGUGAUCUCUGAGGACCUCGGUCUUGGACUGACGACGACUCCAGUGGAGCUACGAGCCUUCCAACCAUUUUUCAUUUCUUUGAAUCUCCCCUAUGCUGUCAUCAGAGGUGAAGAACUCGCUUUGGAAGUAACCAUAUUCAAUUAUCUGAAAGAAGCCACGGAGGUUAAGGUCAUCAUUGAGAAAAGUGACGAAUUUGAUAUUCUAAUGACUCCGAAUGAGAUGAAUGCCACGGCACACCAGCAGGACAUUUUGGUGCCCAGUGAGGAUGGGGCGACUCUUCUUUUCCCAGUCAGGCCGACACGUCUGGGGGAAAUUCCCAUCACAGUCAGAGCUGUGUCAGCUGCUGCUUCUGACGCUGUCACCCAGAGGAUCUUAGUAAAGGCUGAAGGAAUAGAAAAAUCGUAUUCACAGUCCAUCUUGUUAGAUUUGACUGACAGCAAGCUGCCAACUACCCUGAAAACUCUGAGUUUCUCAUUUCCUCCCAACACAGUGAGUGGCAGCGAGAGAGCCGAGGUUUCCGUAGUCGGAGAUAUUCUCGGCCCUUCCAUCCACGGCUUAGCCACGCUGAUUCAGAUGCCUUAUGGCUGCGGUGAACAGAACAUGAUAAAUUUCGCUCCUAAUAUUUACGUUUUGGAUUACCUGACUAAAAAGAAACAAUUGACGGAGAAUUUAAAAGAAAAAGCCCUUUCAUUUAUGAGGCAAGGUUACCAGAGGGAGCUUCUUUAUCAGAGGGCGGACGGCUCCUUCAGUGCUUUUGGCAACGACGACCCUUCUGGGAGCACUUGGUUGUCAGCUUUUGUUUUAAGAUGCUUCCUUGAGGCUGAUCCUUACAUAGAUAUCGAUCAGAAUGUGUUGCAGAGAACGUACAUGUGGCUCCAAGGGCAUCAGAAGUCCAAUGGUGGAUUCUGGGAGCCAGGAAGAGUGAUUCACAGGGAGCUUCAAGGUGGCCAGGAAAGUCCAGUGACGCUUACAGCUUAUAUUGUGACUUCUCUCCUGGGAUAUAAAAAGUAUCAGCCUAAUAUUGAUGUGCAAGAGUCUGUCAACUUUUUGGAGUCUGAAUUCAGUAGAGGAAUUUCAGACAAUUAUACUCUAGCCCUUGUAACUUACGCGCUGUCGUCCGUGGGAAGCCCUGUAGCCAAGGAAGCUUUGAGUGCGCUGACUCGGAGAACAAAACGAGAAGGAGGCAUGCAGUUCUGGGUGUCACCAGUGCCCCAGCUCUCCGACUCCUGGCAGCCACGCUCCCUGGAUAUUGAAGUCGCAGCCUAUGCUCUGCUCUCACACUUGCUGCAGUUCCAGGUUUCAGAGGGGAUUCCGAUUAUGAGGUGGCUAAGCAGGCAAAGAAACAGCUUGGGAGGCUUUGCAUCUACUCAGGACACCGUUGUGGCCUUGAAGGCCCUGUCUGAAUUCGCAGCCCUCAUGAACACGGAGAGGACAGAUGUGCACGUGACCGUGACGGGGCCCAGCUCGCCGAGGCCUGUGAAGUUUCUGAUUGACGCGCAGAACCGCUUUCUCCUCCGGACGGCAGAGCUUGAGGUGGUACAACCAACUGAAGUUAAUAUUUCCGCAAAUGGUUUUGGAUUCGCCAUUUGUCAGCUUAAUGUUGUCUAUAAUGUGAAAGAGUCAAGGUCUUCUAGAAGACGAAAAUCUAUUGAAAACCAAGAAGCCUUUGAUUUAGAUGUUUCUGUAAAAGAAAAUAAGGAUGAUGUCAAUCGCUUGAAUUUGAAUGUGUGCACGAGGUAUUUGGGUCCAGCUAGAAGUGGCAUGGCCCUUAUGGAAGUUCAUCUCCUCAGUGGCUUUACUGUGCCCUCAGGCGCAAUUCCUCUGAGCGAGACAGUGAAGAAAGUGGAACACGAUCAUGGAAAACUCAACCUGUAUUUAGAUUCUGUAAAUAAAACCCAUUUUUGUGUUGAUAUUCCUGCUGUGAGAGACUUCAAAGUUUCAAAUACACAAGAUGCUUCAGUGUCCAUAGUGGACUAUUAUGAACCAAGGAGACACGCGGUGAGAAGUUACAACUCCGGAGCGCAGCUGUCCUCCUGCGACCUCUGCGGGGGCGCCCGCGGCUGCCGUCCUUGCGGGAGUGGAGCCCCAGCUUCCCGUCCCGUCUCUUCGGCCAUUUUCGUUCUCUGUUUCAUGCUUCUGUUCUCUUUGCAGCACUGGCUGUGAUGGUUUUUUUUCAGGACUCCAUGUAACACAUUUCCACAAGCCAUAUGUGGCCUUCUCCUUUUCAUAACCAAAUAUUGCUUCUAUUUAAAACAAUUUGUUUUCCUUUUGUGGGGUUGGGAGGAUGGUGGUGUACAGCGGGAUCUAGUGUGAUGGAUGCAUAGAUGUCUUCUGUGUGGGACAAAAUUUCGCAGUUGUACAUCUUUGUUUCUUAAAAUUGUUUACGAUGUUUUUUUGGAGGCAUUGUUUUCUCUGAAAUAAAUGUGUUAUUUUA